AUGAGAAAGUUGCCUCAACAAAUUGCAACAGAUGCAGAAAUUAGUCAUUCACUUGAACGAGCUCUUAGCGUUAGAGGAGAAGAUCUAGAAAAUACUGAAGAAAUUGUCAGUUAUCUCAAUAAUUUGUGUACUGUGCUUACUAGUGUCAAGGAGCUGCCUAAUCGAGAUGGAUUCUACAACGUUAUUUGCAAAAGAUACGUUUUCAAUUUUCAAACUGAUACAAUUUUUGAACGAUAUAUGCUGUCAGAAGUGAGCUCGGUUCGUGCAAUUACAUAUCGAAUUUUACGAAAAGCUUCUCGGUUACCCGACGACUUGUCAGCAUUGUUGAAUAUACAUAUGGAUAGCUUUGUAUUAAGAUCUUUAGAAAUCAACACUAACAAUUAUGACGAGCGGGUUGAGGCUUUAAAAUUAUGUUCAAUGAUGUUAAAUCAUAUGAAUGUAAAAGCAAAAAGUUCGGAUAAUGGACUGAAGAAAGAUUAUCCGGAUGCCAUUUUUCCAGAAAAUGUUUAUCGUGGUUUAAUCUCAAUUGCAAGUUGUUUCUUCACGGUACGACUAGAUAGAACAAAAGUUGAGGAAAAGAAAGAUAAACUGGCAUUUUCAUGUUUUGCCACAAUAAUCGAACAAGCUGCCGUUGCUCCAAAUCUCAUUUUGAAUUCUGUUGAUACGGGGUGGAUUGUAGAAUUUCUCACGUAUGCGGCAUUUAGCAACCGUUUGUCCACUUGUGUUUGUCGAAUUCUGUGUGCGUGGCUUGAUUCGCCACAACUGAGGAUACAGGCUAAAUUAAGGCUGGUACUGAAUCGAAUUUUUGCUUCGGUAGUUGAAAUCGAACUUUUUGAACGAAAGGGACCAAUAGAAUUGGAACAGCACUGGUUGUCAAAUGACUCCUUCAAUCUGGGAAACUUUUCACAGAUAUUUUUAAAUCUGUUGCGCACUUGGGCUGGUCUUUUUGCUUGCUCAACUUCGGACAAUCAAAAAACGUCAACUACUUCUGCACUGAGUUUUCUCGAUUAUAUAGGAAUUAGUCGACCUACACAUGCUAACACCCGCAAAAUUUGUGGUUUAAUCAUUGAUUGUUGCUGUGAAGUUCUGGAACUUCCGUAUUCCAAAACGAGAUUCACAGAUUGGCUCCAUGUAACGCAUUACUACUCAACGAUGUACCAUCCGGACGUCUGCAAGUGUUCUAUACGCAAUGAAUUUAUUUUAUCAGAGCAUGAAAUAUUUUUAAAAAUCGACCAGCAACAUGUAAAUGUUAACGACUUGCUAAUUUCAUUCCAUUCAGUUGUCAUUUACUUGCUCAUCAACGCCAAUUUAAUUCAGGCUUUAUCACGGAUCAUAUUGCAAGAUCCAGAUGAUCCAGUGGCACUUAGAGCAACACUUUUGAUUCACGAUCUUUUGCUUGCAAGUUCGACUUCUUUGCCAGUGGAAUGGAGGCUUCGAGUUCUAAGUUUGCCAACACUUGUUCAUGGUGCUUGUCAAAUAGUCAGCGAAUCGCAUAUUUCAAAAAAGUGUUUCUUGGAUGAUAAUGAUUAUGAAACGGAUAAAAUCAUUCUAACUUAUGCUAACCGAAAGAAUGUUAUUGUUCUGCUCAAUCGUUUGGACAUCUUGAAGAGUAUAGCAUUGGCACAGAAAACGCAACCAUUGCCAAUCACCAAUCUCCAGCUUUUCGUGCAAAGUAGUCCAACUGCGAUAAGAUUGCGUAAAUCCAGUUCGUCGAACAUGAACUUCUGCAAUGAAGAUGGAGAUAUCGAUUAUGUUGAGAAAGUUUUGGAAAGAUUGCUUCUCAAAGCGGUAGAAUCUAACGGAAGGCUCUGUUGGUAUGUUGUUGACAAAUUAUUCCAGCUUCUUCAGACUAACUAUUCCGGUAAAGAUCUACCCGUCAAAUAUUCUAGAAAAUGUUACAGUAUUUUUAAAGUGUUAUUCAAAUUUAUCAGUCCAGCAAAAGGCCUGUUGAUUAACUUUAAUGACGAUCGUUUUGUUAUCAUAUGUUGUUGUCGCGGGAUACAUGUUUCAUUGCUGCUUGCUGCACGAGAAGCACAAUACAGAGAACUAUUAGCAGACUUUAUUAAUGACUUUAUAGCGAGUAUAUCAACAGAUGCAUUGUUGAAUGGGCCAUUGUCUCCUAAGAAUCUGUUGAAUACUGGUGCGAUGUAUUAUUUUUCAUUUAUUGGUGCCAUAUCUUCAAUCAAGGAAGGAAGACAGAUGCUAGAAGCGACGCCAUUAUUACAGCUGUUAGUUUUUUUAUCUAUAUAUUUAGGGUUGUUCUUUAUAUACUUCUUUCAUUUGUUCAGAGUUAACAUUAAAUUUACGCAGCCACAAGAAAAUCAUUAA